AUGAUGUUAAUGUCUCUCGGAGUAUACAAAAACAUGUUGGUGCAGACUAAUCUAUUUGAAGAACGUGUAUGCCUUCAUAGUGAUCUCGCCGAUCUCGGGCAAAAUAAGUCUGUGAAUUGUUACAAUAUGACGGCAUCAGAUCAAGAAAUAGUCCAGCCGGCUGUGGCAGAGUUAAGGAUGAUUAAAAAUCUGAUCGAGACAUUGGUGCCUUGUAUGACGGCAUUGUUUUUAGGCCCCUGGAGUGAUGUAAGCGGUCGCUUGCCUUUGUUAUUGACAUCAAUUUCAGGUCUGGUAAUAUCUAACUGUAUAUGUACAGUGUAUUUUCCACGAUGCCAAGUAUGUCUCCGAUUAUGUUUAUGCUGUGCAGCAUACCUGUGGCCGUAA